AUCUGAAACCGGAACUGAACUGACAGGGAGGGUUUCCUGCCCACUCUCAUUCACCUCGCAAUGUCUGUGUCUCUGGUUGUUCCACUGCUGUCUGUCGGUAAAGAUGGAGCUGCAUCUGGCCAUUCUUACCCUCGCUGUUUGUCUCUCAGCUGAUGCUCAAUUUAUCCACAGGGAUUUCAAAAUGAAUGGAUGUUCUGAGACAGAAAAAGAAUCCAUGUGUGGAUCUAAUGGAGAUGAGAUAUGGCAUGCUGACUUUAUUCAAAAGAUGGGAGUAAAUACAUUACCAAAUUUUGCAGAUGCUUUGCUCUUUCCAGGAUUUUAUGAAUCAAGCGUUGCAGAACAAGAAACAUGCCAGCAAAACUUAGCUAUAUGCAUUAAAGCUUACAACAGCCCUCCAGAGGAAAUGGACCCCCCCGAGACGUCCAUCUAUACGAAGAAUGAUGUUCAGCUGGGUGUUCAGAACUCCCUCGUCUGUCACGUUACGGGCUUCUUUCCUCCGCCGGUCAACAUCUCGUGGACCAAGAACAAUGUCAUCGUGAAGAAUGGAGUUAGUACGAGUCAGUACCGACCGAGGGAUGAUGGCACCUUCCACAUCUUCUCCUCUAUGGAUAUUGUUCCCAAAGAGAAAGACAUUUACAGCUGUACGGUGAACCACAGAGCCCUUCAGGGCCAAGUGCAGACCAAAAUAUGGGGUGUCCCAGAGAUGGCUGCGGUCCCGGCCCGUCUGGGUCCGGCGGUGUUCUGUGGAGCAGGGUUCACCUUGGCUCUGCUGGGAGCAGCUACGGGAAUCUUCUUCUUUAUUAAAGGAGCUGCAACUGACAACAAGGACACGGCAAAAAUAGAAAAACUUUUCAUGCAGUGGACCUACCGAUAAAGAGAGCUUUUGGAGGAUUCUGAAUGCAAUGAUGCAAUGUUUUGUGUGCCAUUUCUGUGAUGCUGGUGUUGAAGAUAGAUAGAUGCAUAAAUGCAACAAUCUGGUUGAACCUCGAAAGUUGAUUAAAUAAUUUCAUGAAAUCGUUUAUCGCUGUGUAGCACUGUUCAUAGCUUUAUCUACACGUUUUUUCUCAGAUAACUUGAUGAACUGCAAAUGUAACAUAAAUCGUUGUUUGAAUUUGAGUGACUUUAAUCAAAAAAGAAGCUUUUGCUACUUUCAUACUUCAUGUAGUUACUUUUGUCGUGGACUGAAAUUUUUCUUUUUGCCGCACUAUGUAAGUUUUUUGCCCUAGUGGUUAGUAAAGGAAUCUGUAUGAGUCUUCUCAAGUUUGUUAUUAAAAAUUUACUUAUACUAA